GCACAGUAGGUAUACAGAAACGCCACGUCUCGUCAACGUACAACAUCGUGUCCCUGUGACACACGUUCCUGAAGAUUCUGGGAAAAAAGAGACGCAUUUGCAUCAUCUUGAAAAUCUGCGCUCGAAGAAAGUUCCUGACCACCUUAUUACAGUGGGAGAGUAAGGGGAUGGAGGUGGGGUUAAAAAAGGCAGUACCUUGCCAGAAAUUCGCCGAAUCUUCAGCUGAUGGAGGUAUAAAGAGAUCCUGAGCACCAUGGUAGAAUCAGUGCAACGUGAAACUCUUGUGAAAGAACCACCAGAAAAGCAGCAUAAAAAAUCAACAUGUACCAAUUGGCAAUCGUACUGGCCUUCAUAGCCUUGGCAGCGGGUGCACCGUUGACCCAAACGUACACCACACCGAUACCGAUCCUCAGGCAAACGGCAGUCGGCCCGAAUCCCGACGGAAGUUACAGUUACAGCUACGAAACGGGAAAUGGCAUCCAAGCACAAGAGGUCGGCUACCUUAACUACGCGGGCACCCAAGCGGAGGCUCGAGAAGCUCAGGGUAGCUACAGCUACACCGCGCCAAAUGGGGAAAUUGUUCAAGUGACCUACGUGGCUAACGAGAAUGGAUUCCAACCCCAAGGUAGCCACAUCCCUCCCAUACCACCCCAGAUUCUCAAGGCUCUCGAAUACAUUGCCGCUCAUCCUGAAGAGAACAAUAUCGGUGCUCAAUGAGACCAGACGGAUAGAUCUACUGGGGGCGUCUUGCAAGAAGAUACAAGGGUAAAGAGGGAUACACACUGGGAGGCUGUUUAGUUUUAGGAUGAAUUCAUAGCGGAGAGAAGUAGAUUGCUCAGGUCCCGGCAAGGUGUACUGGUCCCAACUACUUGCCCAAUGGAAACUCGACUUAAAAAGGCACUCAUAUUAUUGUUUUAUUGGGCCUAAGACUGCAUUCACAAUGGGCAAAUAUCCUAUACCAAGUCUAUAUAUGUAUGUAGGUACGUUUCUGUACUGAUAUAUUUAUUGCAAUCUGCUUUACUUUUACGAGACGAGUCAGUGUAUGUUUACAAAUUCACGCGUUCGACGCAGGAUCGAAGCUCAGUUGUUUCCAGUUCUUCAAACGGUUCGGUCGAGAUCUGUGUACUGUGAGUCGGGCUUGCUUCGAGCACGUGAAUUUCUACGCAUUUACUGUCUCGUCUCGUUGAAGGACUAUAGGGAGCAAAGGAGAUAGUUUGCUCGGGCAACUUUUUCCUUUCCUUAGGGGCAAGAGUCCCUGGGGAGGAUGAUACUCGGGGGCAAGCACAGCCUGCCUGGUUAGUCUUUCCCUCUUCCCUUAUAUAAUAGAAUAAUAUAUUUUCUAUAAAAUAGUUAGCAUUACCUCAUAUGUCGAUAAGUAAAUACAUCAUUUGAUUAAACCAAUGUUUAUUUUAUUAAAAAUAACCGUCUCUAAUUAUGAAAGACAUGGUUAGUUUAGAACAAAACAUGAAAAGAUUGUUAUUAUACUUUUAAAGCAAAUACAGCCAUGAAUUAAUUUCUAAUAUAGUGAUAGUUAUAUUUAUUUUACAUAAUAAUUUUAUAUAACAAAUUUCAUACGAGAAGAAACAGAAAAUAUAAAUGUUCUAAUUAUGUUUUCUACAACCGAAAUAUCGUUUAUUUAACUAACUAAAUGUCAUCGACAUAAUGAUCAUUCAUACUGGAAUUUAUGUGAAUUUCACAGCUAAGCGAGACCAAUGUGAUUGAAAGUCAGUGAUCAACAAAAAAAUCAGUGACUUCAUCAAAUACCACAAAAUAUAAAAACCAUGGAGAACUAAUUAAAUAAUCCAAGACCACCGUACUUUCUUCCAAGACAUCUGUUCCUUAAUUCUAUACAAAUAAUUUCAAAUGGCCUCAUAUAAAAAUUGAACAUCUAAAAAUUUUAAUUGAACUGAAGAAAAGAUUGUUAGAUAUUCUAAAUUAACCAUAACGAAAUGAAAGGACGAAAAUGGAAGCAUACAUAUAAAAAUAUUGGAAUGACCCAAUAGGAGAUAUUGGAUAUUCAUAAUGGACAGAAAGAAAGUGGAACGCGUCGCAAAUCAAAAGAAGACACUUACCAGGGUACGCAUGGUUGUACACGUGCAACAAUGCUCACAACGAUCUCCUUCGUGAAAGUCCUGUAUGUUGAAAAUGAAAGAUAAUUUUCAGCGUCAGAUAAAAUGGACACGGUCACAUGUGGCUGGUUCGUCCAGAUGGUUGCCGUUGGGAUGUUCGUGAGCAACUCUUGGACGGUUGGGGGCACAGCCGACCUUUAUACCGGCGACCAGUUGCCACUCUUUACAUAACCCGAGAAAGUUUAUUUCGGGAUAAGUCCGUUCUCCCUCUAGAUCGAUUCUAACCACGAACGAACCCUUUAAAUUGAAACAAAAAGAAAACUUCGCAUAAUAAUGCCAUAUAGAUAGAAAUCACAUAACAUGGGUUUUUGAUGGUAAUUUCAAGGAAAUCAUUGGAUGAUGGUGGUUCUCGUCUCUUCUGGAAAUUCAUUGCGUGAACGUUCGAUAAAUGGAGAAAUUUUUGUGGAAUAUAGUAAUGGAUUCGAUAUCGACGAAUGACAGUCAUCUAUUUUGUAAUUCAAAUUGAUUAUUUAUCAUUGACCCUGUUUUUUGAAAAGAGAUAGUUCAUUAGUGUUUCUGCCCUGGGAAGAAAGUGAAAUAUAAUAAUUACUAAUUUAUAUUUUUGUAAUCUUGGUCUCAAUUCUAUAAGUAUAACUCAAUUUAUUAUAUUAUGUAAUUUUUGCUUUAUUCGAAGAAGUGAAAUUCUCCUUUCUUUUUUACUAAUUUAUUUAUUGUAUCGUAAUUUAUAAUAUAUUCAGGAGACGUCGAAGAUCUCUGAUAAAAAUCCAAUCCAAUACAUUCAAAAAUGCUUCACAAACGUUCACGUAGGUGUUAAUGUCAAAUGCAAACGAACCUUCAAGCUCUACCAUGAGAACAACUUAUAUCCUCGAGUAAUUACGGUUAUGCUUGAACGUACAUACAUACAUACAUCCACGUUUACCGCAAAUGAAGCAAUAGAUAAAAUUUCUCUAUGUUGUAAUACAACCUUGAAAAAUAUUGUACUUAUCAAUACUGUAUCAUUUCUACCUCUUAUAAAAUAAAACCAACCAAAAGCAA